AUGCCUCACCGAACAUCUAUAAUCCAUGAAGAUAUCGACAAUGACGGCCUGGUUAAUGAGAGACAUGUAACAGUCGGAAGGAUUCCCCGGGGGGACAAGGAUGAACAAGAGGAUGAAGAAGAAGAAGAAGAAGAGGAAGAAGAAGAAGAAGAAGAAGAAGAAGAAGAAGAAGAAGAAGAAGAAGAAGAAGAAGAAGAAGAAGAAGAAGAAGGGGCUUGCUUUCUAUAG